GGCGGACUCAAUGUCGGUGACCCCGUGUCCGGGUUUCCUUCCCUUUUGGCAUCCAGUGAUUGUGUUGAUCUAUGUUUUUUUCGGCCACCGCCCAGUACCCCAAUGGAUUUCACAUCUCUCCACCCCCCUCUAGCAAGCGAGAGAGAAAUCAUCGCGCAAGCUUCCCCCCUCCCUCUGGGUCACUUCCUUUAUGAAUCCGACACUCAACUCAGACAGUCAUACCCCAUCAGCCAUGAGCGGGCAGACCCCCACCGGCGCCCCGCCGGAUGACAUCCUCCGUGCCAUUGGUGCCGAUUUCUCCGCCAGCUAUGUGCCUUACAAUGCCAGCCGCCGGCGCCGUCGCUCCAUGUACUCCACUUCUCCGCCGGAGGGCUCCCCGGCGGACUUCCCCAACAAGAUGUCGCACACCGAGCACCACGCGGACUACUCGCCGCUGGUGCACCAGUCUGGUGCUGGUUCGAUGCUCUUCAGCCCGCAGCAGCAACAGCAGCAGCAACAACAGCAGCAGCAGCCGCAGCAGCAGCCGCAGCAGCCGCAGCAACAGGCCCUGGCCGGAUACCCGGUGGCCCCGGCCUCGCCAUCUCCUGCCUCGACCAGCGGUGAUGCCACUGCCAACGCGGCCCUGGUCGAUAUCAACAGUCAGCCUGGCGCCUAUCCUCCGGGCUCCGCCGAGGCCGCCGCCCCGGGCACCGGUCCCCGUUACGGCAUCUACCGCGAGCCGCCCAGUGGCAUGUCCCCGGCCAGCAGCAAGGCCGCCGCCUACUCUCGCAUGCCCUCCCACGAGAUCGCUGCCAUGGUCACUCACGUCGGCAGCCUCCAGGAUCAUCUUGGCCCCGAGCCCGCAUUCAGCUACGAGCCCAUGGGCAUCAUGAACCCCGAGAUCCUGGACCCGACAUCCCCGCCGCACCCCCCGCUGAGCAAGUGGCGCCUGCACCAGUGCAACGAGCUCCGCAACCGGGUCUGGUCCUACGUGCAGAACCGGGUCCUGGUGUCAUCCUUCGCAUACACCACGUCCGGCCGGGCCGCCCCUCCGCCGAGUGCCCCGGGUGGUGGUGGCGGUGCGCGCGGCAUGCGCCGUUGUGUUUUCAACGGCGCGGACUUCUGGCUCUUCUGCCGGCUUUUCCAUGAGUUCGCCUCGCCGGAGACCACACACAGCACCCAGACCCCCAGCAGCCGCGAUCCGACCCAGUGCUCGAUCAUCGUGCGCAACCUCCGCCGCCUGGGCGGCAUCUUCGGCACGGAUUGGCACCGGAAGACCGGCCAUGGCCCGAAUGCCCUCGGUGCCAUGCGCAUUGUCCCUCCGGUGCUGCUGGAAUUCAUGCCGGAUGCCGGUGUUUACCGCGCGCCGUCCGUUCGCGGCGGCAUCCCCGGCGACUACUUCAAUGCGGAGGUCGGCGAGACGGCCGAGGAGUUGUCUCGCCGGACCGGCCGCAUCACCAUCCGCUUCAUGGGCGGUGUGACGGCCUACUCCCUGGCCGAUGCGGCCAUGGCCGCCGGCCUGACCGUGGUCAACACCACCACUGCCAGUGGCGAUGGCUCUGGCUCUGGUGAUGGGACGACCCCGACUCCCGGUGCGACCACCGUCACCGGGGCCCAGAUGAACACCCUCCCGGAGCGGCUGUUGGACAUCACCAGCAGCGAGGGGAAUACGCUGCUGGCUUCGGCGGCCUUCGCCCAUCUGAUUGGCAGCCAGGGGCCCACCUCGCCCAGGACUGCCGCCCUGGCUGACAUGAAGAACCAGGCCAAUGCCACGACCACCGAUUCCGUGGCCGUGGUGUCCACCUGCGAGGUGGUGGCCGCUGAGGAUGGCGACGAUGGCCCAUCGGAUCCGGAGGCCACGGCGGCGGCGGCCGCUGCGGCGGCCAUUGCCACGGCCAACAUCUCCCAAAAUAUGCUGGCGUCCAGCACCCCGAGCGGUGCCGACAUCACCAGCGACACCGGCAUCCGCGGCAUCGGCGGCAUCGGCACCACCGCGACAUCCAGCACCGACCUCUUCAAGUCCUCUCAGUAUGUGCCGAGCACGCCGACGCCCAUUGCUACCAGUGCCACGCAGGCGGCCCAGGCCGCACAGGCAGUCCAGGCCCAGGCGGCCCAUGCUGUCCAGCAGCAGCAGCAACAGCAGCAGCAGCAGCAGCAGCUCUUUAGCGAUCUGACUGGCAUGAGCCCGGCACACCCUUCGACCCCGGCGGCCACGGCGGCCGCCCUGCACAGCCACCAGCUUGCGGCCGCGGUGGCUGCCGCCCAUGGGCACAUCCAUGCCGGGAAUCCGCACGCGCUGGCGGCCCUGUCUCACACGCUGCAUCAUCCGCAUCUGCAUGCCGCCUACCAAUACCUGCAGCAUCCGCACCACCUGCAUGCCACUCUCCAUGGGGCCGGGGCCUCGGGGCAUGAUCUGCACUCGGCGGCGGCGGCGGCCGCCGUGGCCGCGGCUGCUGCCCAAGGACAUCUUACCCAAUUCGGGGCGCCUGCUAUGGGUCUCCCUUCGCCGGCGGCUGCGGCCGCGGCCGCGGCUGCGGCUGCGGCUGACGCCAACCGGGCCGCCGCCCCUAGUGCCCCGGCCGCCUCCUCCUCGCCCAUGCAUCCGUCUGGCUUUGGCGCGCACACCCCGGCGGGCGAUACGGCCGUGGCACCGGCUUCCGAAGGCGCCGGCUUGCCGACUGGGCUCCCUUCCUUGACGGCCAGCACGGCCACCGUCUCACCGCUGGCGGCAGAUGCGGAGGCUCUGUCGCGUCUGUCCACCGUGGGUGGUGACGAUUCGGCCGCCGCCGAUGCCGAGGCCAUGGCCGCCGAGGCGGAGGCCGAGCUGGCCCGGCUGGAGGCCGAGGCUGCCGCGGCCAAGGCGCGUGCCCUCGAGGCUCAGGUUCGUGCUAUGCGGGCGCGCGCGGCGGCGGCCAGCAGCCCGGCCGGUGUGUCGCCGCUGGGUGCGCGCUCGGCCCCCGGUGCCGCGCCUGCUCCGGCGGCGGAUGCUCCGCUGUCUCCCUCGUCGGCUGCGGUCGGCGGGCUGGGGUCUUCCCUGUCGGUGUCGGCUCCGAUCGGUUCUCCCACCGGGGGUGGUCUGUCUGCGGGAUCCAGCUCGCUGGCGUCGCCUUCCUCGCCGACUGGUGGGCUGGGCAGCAGCGCGGCCGGGUCUUCGGUUCCCGGAUCACCCCUUGGCAGCCCGGGUCUCUCGAAGUAGUUGGCGCGCGCGCGCGCGCGCACGCGUGUGUGCGUGUCUGUGCAGGGGAGGGGGAGAGUCCCACUUAGUGGUGGUGGCAGCCCCCUCCUCCCGCGCCCUCGGCCCUUGCUUCCCUGCCCUUUCGCCCAAGCUCAUGGCAGGGGCUGGGGGUGGAGUGAAGCGAGUGCUUCUGAGCCACCCUCUUUGUUGGGCCUGUUCCCUCUCCCCUUGCUGUUAUUUUACCUUCUUGCUGCCCGUUUCCCAUGUGGCCCCUCCCUCCUUUCUCCUCCCCCCCCCCA